AUGCACAUAGCCGACGAUGGCGUGCGUGGUAUGAACGCUAGCAGGCUUGGCCUCCUCCUGCUCACCCUCGUGAACCUCCCGCUGAUUGCGGCUGGCGUGGUUAUCCUAACCCUGCACUGGCAAGACACGGACGUCUGCGACGUGGAACACAGACGGAAGUGGAAGUGGUGGGCGCUGUUGUCGGUCGUGAGGAUGAUGCUCAUUACCCCAGUGGUGAUGGUGAGAUGGAGGGUGGAGGGUCAGAGAGAAGAAGACCGGAACCAGGCGAUCGACCACCUGUCUAGCAACAUGCGGAAUUCUCUGGACAUUGUCGGGCUCGUGUGGUUCGUAAUCGGACACAUGUGGUUGCUGCAAAAUCAAGGGUGA